AUGGCUUUGUUCCAAAGAGAUUUGAGUAAGGUUUCGAUUGUUGAUUUGUUUCAGGAAAUCAAUGGCAAUACUAUAUUCACCUUUCUAGACGAAACUUCAAAAGAUAUCAGUUACACUUCAUCAAUUGCAGGAGAAGACAACCUUUCUCGUUUGUUAAUAAAAUCAUCUAUUCUACAACAGAACUCUCCUGGUUACGACUACGCAAUAAAAAAAGCAGUAUUUGAAAAGCAACCUCCGACUAACCUUCGAAAAAGCAAUUUUUUUCAUUUUGUGCUUUCGUUCUAUGAUAAAAAUGAUGCCACAAUCGAAGUUGAAAAAGGUAUUUUUGUUGGUUUUGUUCAAGAUAGCGAUGUCACAAAUCAAAAAAGAAACGGAAUUCAUUACCAGUUAAGCAUAAAAUUUGCUAGUGGGUUUCAAACAACGCAAGAGAUAUAUGUCAAGCUUAUUGAUGCUCAAAGUGGAGCAGUUAUACGUUAUGAAGGACAAGAUAAAAAUCCGGAGAUGUGUCGUGUACUUCUUACUCAUGAGGUGAUGUGUAGCCGCUGUUGUGAAAGAAAAUCAUGUGGAAACAGAAACGAGACGCCUUCAGAUUGUGUUAUAGUUGAUAAGUAUUUUGUGAAGUUCUUUAUGAAAUGUAAUCAAAAUUGUUUAAAGACUGCAGGAAAUCCAAGAGAUAUACGAAGGUUUCAGAUAGCAAUCGUUACACACCCCGAAACAAAUGAUGCAAUAGGAAUUUCAACAAAUAUGUUUGUCCACAACAACUCUAAGCAUGGUCGUAGAUCCCUAGUAAAAAAAAUUGAUAACACAGUAGAUUCAGCUCCAGCAAUCAAAGCUAUAAUUCCCAAUGAAGGUUGGACAAGCGGUGGCACGCAUGUUGUUAUUUUAGGAGAAAAUUUUUUUGAAGGGAUUCAAGUAAUAUUUGGAAGUUUUUUUGGUUGGAGUAUUGAGGUGUUUUCAACUUCUGCAUUAAGAGUUCAGAUUCCUUCUCAUCCUAUACCGGCUACUGUUGAAGUAGUACUUGCUGUUAAUUCAAAGCCAAUAUACAAUGGUCCACCAAUUUACUUUUUCUAUAGUUGUGAACCUUCUCUUGACUAUGGGUUUUCAAGACUAACUAAACUUCUACCAAGACAUCCUAAUGAUCCUGUUAAAUUAACUAAAGAAGAUUUAUUAAAAAGAGCCGCAGAUGUGGUAGAAUUUAUGUAUUCGCUUCCAUCGUCACUGCAGCAAAUUGGUUUUCAAAGUGUUCGACCAGUUAUAUCAAAUAGUAAUUAUGAAUCACCUCAAUCUCCUUAUUAUAACAACAGUACACCUAUUUCUCCCCAAAGAACUUCACGUAAUCUAUUGACUGUGCGUGCACAAAAUAAAUCUGAACUGAUAGGAGGUUUAGUGGAAGUUUCAAAUGAGGAAAAUGACAUUUUUGUUCAAGCGUAUGAAUCUCAACGUCAAGAUGAAAAUAACACACUUGUAUUUAAUAAACGAAUAAAACUUGAGAACAGACCGAUUUUUUGUGGGCGACUAUCUUCAACGCAAGACGAUCACCUUUCUUUUCAACAAAACAAUGGUUCAAUAGCUCUGGCUCAUUCCCCCAACCCCUUUCAUACUUUGAUAAGCUAUUCACCCAUAUCCUCGCCUUGCAACUACGUUUUUAGUCAAGCUCAGCAUUCUCCGAUAGAUUUGAUGUCUUGUCAAAAUCAUUCUGGAAAUACAUUUCAUUACACAACACAGAACGAUCCAUCUUUAUACCGAAAUUUCCAACAUAAACAGACAAUUAAUUUGGGGUCUGAAAGAAAUUAUCAAUUGCUUCAGGAAGAUACGCCAGAAUGUGCUGUUUCAACAUCUACUUACGCUGCGCAACACUAUCUCUAAAUGAUAGUUUAUUAUUAUCACAUUUCACUUAGUUAUACUUAUUUGACUUAUUUUAGAUAGUUACCAGAGAAGUUAGAAUGAAUUGUUACUUUUAUGCAGAGAAGUAAUGUUUUAAUCAAAGUUUUGAGUUUCUAGAAAGAUUUUAGAAUAUAAUUGCGUUAACCUAAUAAAAAUAAAGUAAA